AUGAAGGAUCUUGGAGAGUUGAAAUAUUUUCUUGGAAUUGAGUUCUCCAGAAAUGGAGAUGGUAUUCUUAUGAAUCAGAGAAAAUAUGCACUUGGACUUGUAUCUGAACUUGGACUUGCAGGAUGUAAACCUGCAUCUACUCCCUUGGAGUUCAAUCACAAGUUAACAUCCACUGUGUUUGAUAAAUGCACGGGAAUGAAUGCAGAAGAUAAAGUUCUUGAUGAUUAUGGAAAGUAUCAAAGGGUGAUAGUACUUAGUCAAUAUAUGCACUCACCAAAAAACUCUCAUAUGGAAGCAGCACUUAGAGUUGUGUUCAUGCCAAGCAACAACAUGUCUGAGCUUGUAGCUUAUUGUGACUCAGAUUGGGGAGCAUGUAUAGAAUCCAAGAAGUCAGUGAUUGGCUACAUAGUCAAGCUGGGAAGUGCUUUAGUGUCUUGGAAAGCAAAGAAACAAAUUAAGUCUCAAGAAGUUCUGCAGAAGUAG